CGUCUCACCGAAAAGUCAUCGUCAACAAGCCCCCCAUCAUCCCUCCCUCACCACCGCAAACUUGACGCCCGGCACAAAGCCGAGCCCAACUCACUACCCAUGGCCGCCAGCACUUUCGAGGCGCAGGGCGUGCGGGUUGCUGUCGAGGGUUGUGGCCACGGCACCCUUCACGCCAUAUACGACUCCGUCGCACGCUCAUGCAAGGAACGUGGCUGGGAUGGCGUCGACCUGCUCAUCAUUGGAGGCGACUUUCAGUCUGUUCGCAACGCCUCGGACCUGACGGCCAUGUCUGUUCCCGUCAAGUACCGCCACCUAGGCGACUUUCCCGAGUACUACUCCGGGGCCCGGGCUGCCCCCUACCUCACCAUCUUCAUCGCCGGCAACCACGAGGCUAGCUCUCAUCUUUGGGAGCUCUACUAUGGCGGCUGGGUUGCGCCCAACAUCUACUAUCUCGGCGCCGCCAACGUCCUGCGGUUUGGUCCUCUUCGCAUCGCUGGAAUGUCCGGUAUCUGGAAGGGACAUGACUAUCGCAAGCCACACCAUGAACGGCUCCCGUUCAACUCGGACGAUGUCAAGUCCUUCUACCACGUCCGCGAGGUUGACGUCCGCAAGCUGCUGCUGAUUCAGUCGCAAGUCGACGUCGGUCUGAGUCACGACUGGCCGCGUGCCAUCGAAAAGUAUGGCGACUCGGAAUGGUUGUUCAAAACGAAGCCAGACUUUCGAGCAGAGUCCAGAGACGGAUCUUUGGGCAGCGUCGCGGCAGAGUACGUCAUGGACAGACUCCGUCCACCGUACUGGUUUUCUGCCCAUCUCCAUGUCAAAUUUGCUGCCUUGAAAAAGUACGAAGAGACGGGCGGUGAUCUCGGCUCUGCAGCAAACAGCAAGGAACCUGAGAUUACCGUACAGAAAGAUGCCGAGCCCAAUCCCGAUGAGAUUGAUCUGGACAUGGAUGACGAUGAUGCUGGGACCACGGAACCCGCUGUCAAGCAAGACAACGCAGAGGCCGGUCAGGAGGACACGAACCAAAUACCUGAUGAGCUACGGGCUCAGUUACCCGCAUCUUUUGCCCCUCCACCACCACAGCGGCCAAGACACACGCCGGGCCAACCAGUUCCUCCGAGCAUCGCCAACAGGGAGGUUCGCUUCUUGGCUUUGGACAAGUGCCUCCCCAGACGACAGUACCUUCAGCUGUGCGAGCUUGUCCCGUAUGAUCAACAGGCGCUGUCACGUCAUCCUCCUCAAGACUCAUCGCCUCGCUAUCGGCUUCAGUAUGACCCGGAGUGGCUCUCUAUCACGCGAGCAUUUCACUCAUCCCUCUCAAUUGGCGACCGAAAUGGCCAGGUAGCCGAGGAUCUGGGAGAGGACAAGUAUUUGCCACUGAUCCACAAAGAGCGAGAAUGGGUCGAAGAAAAUAUAGCCAAGCCUGGAAAGCUAGAUGUGCCAGAAAACUUUGAGUUGACGGCACCGCCUCAUGUCCCCGGGAGUCCAGAGAUUGUCCAUGAGCAACCGGAAGAAUACACAAAUCCCCAAACCGCGGCAUUCUGCAACCUCCUGGGAGUCAAUAAUCUCUGGGACGCCACUGACGAGGAAAGAAGGGAGAGGAAAGAAUGUGGCCCACCGCCGUCUGUUUUCCGCGGAGGGCAUCGUGGCGGAAGGGGUGGUAGAGGUGGCAGAGGCGGACGAGGAGGCGGUAGGGGACGAGGGCGAGGCAAUCGAGGACGGUGGUAGGGCCUUCGACACCAGGUGCCGAGACACAUGUUUUAUUCUGGCGUAUGGCAUUCUUGUUUGGAAGAUUGGCGCAUGAAGUGACUAACACGAGCUCGUAUCAAGAAGGGGGAGUCGGAGCAUGGAAUACGGUCAGGCGACAGCAUAGGGUAGGUGCUGAGCUGGGCAUUUGAAGCCUCUAGGAAGGAUGUGGCUGUUGACAGAUACAACCAGACAAUGUUGAGCGAUUGGCUCAUGGCCAAGUGGCACGACCUUUGAUGUGUUCUCUGGCGAUCGGCUGUGAGUGCGAGUUGGAGG